AUGGCGACUCUGCCAAAAACGUCAAGGGUGCUCAUCCGUUGCUAUUACCCCCCUCCGCCACCGCCCGACCUUCGCGAGAGCCCGUGGCUCCCACAGGAGGCCCAGGCAGACCUGCCCCGCCCCAGUUGCCCAUGGAGCCAACCUCUGUCCAGAAGUCGCGGGAGGCGCUGGACAGUGAGCGCCCACGGGCCCCACGACGUCAGCCUCCCAGGCCAAAGGCGCGGCGCGCAAUUCACUGGCCAGCUGAUGCCGCCUGAUGCAGUCGUGCAUGAGAUCUCUCCGCUGCUGGACGCUGGACUGGACAG